CCCCUUUUCCCCUCGUCGUGUAUCAGGUGUUGCUGCGUCCGUUUCCGCAGCCCCAAGCCCCUCUCUUCCUCGUCCGAGACUCCUAGACCCGACACCAGGGCCAUCGAAUUGCAUUUAGUAAUAUACACGAGGAGGAGCCGCCCAUCAUGUACUCGAACUCGAAUGCCUUCCUCGGGGGCGCCAACAGCCUUCGUCCCGGCCAGCAGCCGCAGCAGCAACAGCAACAAUACGGCGCCCCGAGUCCGUUUGGCCAACAGGGCCCGAUGCAGCCUCAGCCGACCGGGUUUGCGCCGCAGCCGACCGGGUUCGCUCCCCAACCUACCGGCUUUGGUCCACAACCGACCGGCUAUGGUCAGCAACAACAGCAGCCGCUCCAGCAGCAGUUCACGGGAUACCCGGGGUUGCAGGCCCCCCAGCAACAGCCUCAGCUUCAGCAACAGUUCACCGGUUUCCAGCCUCAGGCUACUGGCUUCCAGCCCCAAGCGCCCCAACAGCAGCCGUUCCAAACCGGCAUGCCUCCUGUCCCAGCAAUUCCCCAGCAGUUCCAGCAACAGCAGUCGUUCCAGCAGCAGCAACCAUCGAUUCAGCAACCCCAGCCGACUGGGUUCCCAUCCGUACAGAUUCAAGCGCCGGCUCAACAGCCUGCCCCGACCGCCCAGGGUGGCAUCGCCCCUCCUCCGCCCGUGAAGCCCCAGGCUACGGGCUUUUCUGAGAUGGCCGCCUCUUUCCAGACGGCUGGGGGCAAGGGACGGAGGGCCGAGCAGAAGACCAACACUGUCAAGAUCCCCAACAUCCGCCUGUCUUUCAUCACGGCGCAUGACCAGGCCAGGUUCGAGACGCUUUUCAAGUCGGCUGUGGGAGAUGGACAGACUACCAUGUCGGGUGAAAAGGCGAGGGAUCUUCUUCUGCGGUCGAAGCUGGAUGGAGACUCGCUAUCACAAAUCUGGACAUUGGCGGAUACCACAAGAUCUGGGCAGCUACACUUCCCCGAGUUUGCCCUGGCCAUGUACCUUUGCAACCUCAAGAUCACUGGCAAGGCACUUCCUAGCGUCCUACCUGAUCAUAUCAAGAAUGAGGUUUCGAGCAUGGUGGACAUCAUCAACUUCAGUAUCACCGACGAUGCGGGCUCUAGCUCUGCCCCGGCAUCUAACGCCCCCAGCUUUGCUACGCAGCAGAAUGCGGCGGCCGUUCCGACCAUUCAACAGCCCCAGCCCCAGCCGUCAAACUCGGCGAUUCUCCAGGCGCAGAUGACUGGUUUUCCUGCUCAGCAAACCGGUUUCAUGGGUCAGAACCAGGGCCUUCAACCCCAGCAGACUGGAUUCCCGGGAAUGAACCCCCAGCCAACUGGCUACGCCGGUCCUAUGCCUCCCAUGCCUCCCAUGCCGACCGGAUUUGGCUCAAGUCUGUCGCCUAACGCUGGCCCUGGCGGCAUGGUUGCUCCUCUCAACUCUCAGCCCACUGGAAUGCCUGGACAAUGGGGACUGGUCAAUACGCCUGCCACCGGAUUGCCUCUCAUCGAUGCGCUCCAGGCUCGCAUGAUGCCUCAACUGGGACGUGAACAGCGGAAUUAUACUACGGCCGGACUUCAAGGUAAUGCCGUCAUCCCCUGGGCCAUCACCAAGGACGAGAAGACGAGGUACGAUGCUCUGUUCCGGGCUUGGGAUGGUCUGAACAAAGGUUUCAUCGCUGGCGAUGCUGCUAUUGAGAUCUUUGGCCAAAGUGGCUUGGACAAGCCUGAUCUUGAGCGCAUUUGGACCCUCGCCGACAAUGGAAACAAGGGCCGCCUGGAUUUGGAUGAAUUUGCGGUGGCUAUGCAUCUGAUUUACCGCAAGCUUAACGGCUACCCUAUUCCUAACCAGCUUCCUCCUGAGCUUGUUCCUCCGUCUGCGAGAAACCUCAGUGCGUCUAUUGGUAUGGUCAAAAACAUGCUUCAUCAGGAAUCCGAGCUCCGCAAAAAUACUGGGGCCUCGUUGCUGCCCCAGAAGACCGGCGUCAGCUAUCUUAAAGGCCACUCUUUCAAGAACACUGGGGCCAACCGCAAGGAUGCUACCGUGUUCAAGAACAACGAUGAGGAGGUGGGGUAUCGCUCCAGCGCGCGCCGUCGCAUGGGCACGUCUCCUCGUCCCGAAUCUCCGGCGGCCAGUAACUCCGGUGAUGACCUAACUAUUGAGCAACUUCGCAAGAAGAUCAAGGAGAAGCAGGUACUUCUUGAUGCCAUGGAUUUCAACGAUGAGAAGAACAUGGAGGAGGACGACAUUCUUGACAGACGCGACCGGCGCGAGGCCGAUGAACUAUACCGCCGUAUCCGAAGAAUCCAGGAGGACAUUGACAAUCAUCCAGAUGCCCAGCUGAUGAGCGCCGACUCUGACGCCGAGAGACGCGCACUCAAACGCCAGCUGCAGCAGCUUACUGACAGAAUUCCAGAGCUUGCGUCCCAGGUUCGGAAGACUGAGAAGGCCAUUGCCGACGCCAGACUUGAGCUCUUCCGCCUCAAGGAUGCCAAGGCUCAUCCUAACAGCGCCGCCGCUAUUGUCGGUACUGGUCCGGGUGGUAUGGUCACCGAGUCCGACAGAAUCAAGGCCCGUGCGAAGGCCAUGAUGCAGCAGCGGACAGCUGCCUUGAUGGGCAAGAAGAUCGAUAUCGGUGAUGAUGAUGCCGAUGCCCCCAAGCGCUUGGAAGAUGAGAACAUCAAAAUCAAGACCGAAAAAGAGAACAACGAGCGCAUGGUCAGGGACGUUGAAGAUAGCGUCCGCGAAUUCGCCAAGGGUAUUGAAGAUAGUCUCAAGGAGGGUGCUGCGGAUUCCACCUCUGAACACGAGAAGCGUCGCUGGGAGGAUGCCCUUGGCGUGGAGGACGAGGUCAGAGACUUCAUCUUCGAUCUUCAGCGGGAAAGCCGGGCCGCUCGCAUUCGGUCUCAGGACCGCCAGGGCGGCCGUAAGGCCACCCAGGAACCUGUCAAGGCUGAGGCCCCCGUUUCUGCCCGCGUAGAAACCCCUUCCCCGUCGAUUUCGCGGACAUCUACCCCGGCUUCCACUGCUGGCGGCGGUUCUUACUCUUCCUACAAGACACCAGAGGAGCGCGCUGCCUUCAUCAAGCAGCAGGCCGAGCAGCGCAUGGCUGAGCGCCUUGCUGCUCUCGGACUCAAGGCUCCCGGUAAGCCGGGUGAGACUGCCGCUCAGCGAGCUGAGCGCGAAAGGGCUGAGCGAGCUGAGAAGCGGCGUCAGGCCGAAGAGGAAGAUGCUCGUCGUGAGGCCGAAAGACAAGCGAAACUGGCUGAAGAGGAGGGCGGGCCUGCGCCUGUCGCAUCUCCCAAGGCCGAUUCUCGCCCGCCCCCUCCGCCCCCGAGCAGAAAGGCCGGUAAGGCUGAUGAUAGACGCGACGAAGAGGCUGCCGCUAAGAAGGCUGAGGAAGAACGCCUGGAACGUGAGCGCGAGGAGCAGGAGCGUGAAACUCGUGAGCUGGAGGAAAGCGCCAAGGCCCAAGAAGACGAACUUGCCAAGGAACGUGCGGAAGCUGACGCUCGUCUCAAGGCCCUGGAAGAGCAAGUCCGUCUGGGCAAGCUGAAGAAGGAAGAGGAGAAGCGUAAGAAGAAGGCUGCUAUGGCUGAGGCUAAGGAAAAGGAGGCCCAGUUGGCUGCUCGCCGUGCCGAAAUCGAGGCCGCCCGUAAGCGUGAAGAGGAGCUCCGCAAGCAACUCGAAGCGAUCGACGAUGAAGACAGCUCUUCUUCCGACGACGAGGGCCCGGAGCAAAUCACUCCCCAGGCGUCUACUCCUACUGUUGGUGGUAGCCAAGUCGGCACUCACGAGCAGGAGCCCAACUCUCCCCCUCCUCCUGCCCCGGCGUCUGUGGCCUCGCCUCCCCAGAUCGUUACGACUAGCCCCAACGCCGAGAGGGAGAGUCGCAACCCGUACUUCAAAAUGAUGUCCCAGUCCUCUGAAGCAUCUACUUCUUCGGUUGCUGCACCAGUCGCUUCGCCUCCUCCGCAGGCCGAUGUCUCGACUAACCCGUUUCACCGCAUGACGCAGGCAGCCGCCGCGCCAGCUGCUGCUGUUAGCAGCGCUGUUAGUGGUGCUGUCAGCGGUAUUAGCGAUGCUAUUAGUGGUGUAAUGCCUAGCAGACGUCGUCCCAACGAUGAUGAUGAUGAUGACUGGGGCUCAGAGAAGGGCUCGGACGAUGAGGACUCCGAUGACGAGGGCAGACCGGGCGGCAAUAGCGCCGCUGCGCUUGCCUCCAUUCUCUUUGGUACCAUGGCGCCUCCUCGUCCCCUAUCCGCCACCGGUGACAAGCCUACUGCAAGCACUCCUCCGGUUGUGAGCUCCCCUAGCUCGCCUCCCCCUCCUCCGGCCCCAGUGGAGCCCUCUGCUGGUUCUCCUCCUCCUCCUCCGCCCCCUCCCCCGGGUCCUCCUCCUGCUCCCAGCGGUGGUGCUCCCCCGCCGCCUCCUCCUCCUCCGCCUAUGCCUGAGUCCGGAGCCCCUGCUGCUCCUCCCCCGCCCCUCCUCCCGGUCCCCCUCCGGCUCCUGGUGCCGUUCCUCCCCCGCCACCCCCUCCUCCUGGUGGUGCUCCUGCUCCCUCUCUUCCUGCUGGAAGACCCGCUGGCCUCCUUGGAGAGAUCCAAGCCGGCAGGGCUCUCAAGAAGACGCAGACGAAGGACAAGAGCCAAGCUGCUGUUGCCGGCCGGGUGCUCGACUAAGCGAUGUCUACAGUGCUCUAGCAUUGAGGCGUUGUCUUAGACCAGUGGCGUAUGUGGCAAUGGGAAGAUGGUCAUGCGGGAGUUAGGGGUUCA